UUUCGAGAAUCUUCCAAUAAUAAUCACAAACAACGUCACGUGAUUGUGUGGUAUAAAUAAACGAAAUUUUCGUAGUUCAGGAAGAACAGCCGCAAAUACACAACAAAGCAACACGUACAGACUACUGAUAUUCGCAGCGAUAUUGAAGAAAUACAAAGGGAACCAUGCAGAUCUUUGUGAAAACGUUGACUGGAAAAACCAUUACACUUGAGGUUGAGCCGUCGGAUUCCAUUGAAAAUGUGAAAGCCAAGAUCCAGGACAAAGAAGGCAUUCCCCCAGAUCAGCAGAGAUUGAUCUUUGCUGGCAAACAGUUGGAAGAUGGUCGCACAUUGUCUGACUAUAACAUCCAGAAGGAAUCCACACUCCACCUUGUGCUCCGUCUUAGAGGAGGUAUGCAGAUCUUCGUGAAGACCCUCACUGGCAAGACCAUUACACUCGAGGUUGAGCCUUCAGACUCUAUUGAGAAUGUGAAAGCCAAGAUCCAGGACAAGGAAGGCAUUCCCCCAGAUCAGCAGAGAUUGAUCUUUGCUGGCAAACAGUUGGAAGAUGGUCGCACACUGUCAGAUUAUAACAUUCAGAAGGAAUCCACACUCCAUCUUGUGCUCCGUCUAAGAGGAGGUAUGCAGAUCUUCGUGAAGACCCUCACUGGCAAGACCAUUACACUUGAGGUUGAGCCAUCAGACUCUAUUGAGAACGUGAAAGCUAAGAUACAGGACAAAGAAGGCAUUCCCCCAGAUCAGCAGAGAUUGAUCUUUGCUGGCAAACAGUUGGAAGAUGGUCGCACAUUAUCAGACUAUAACAUUCAGAAGGAAUCCACACUCCAUCUUGUGCUUCGUCUCCGGGGAGGUAUGCAGAUCUUCGUGAAGACCCUCACUGGAAAGACCAUUACACUUGAGGUUGAGCCAUCAGACUCUAUUGAGAACGUGAAAGCUAAGAUACAGGACAAAGAAGGCAUUCCCCCAGACCAGCAGAGAUUGAUCUUUGCUGGCAAACAGUUGGAAGAUGGUCGCACAUUGUCCGACUAUAACAUCCAGAAGGAAUCCACACUCCAUCUUGUGCUUCGUCUCCGAGGAGGUAUGCAGAUCUUUGUAAAGACCCUUACUGGUAAGACGAUUACUCUAGAGGUUGAACCAUCAGACUCUAUUGAGAAUGUGAAAGCUAAGAUCCAAGACAAGGAAGGCAUUCCCCCAGAUCAGCAGAGAUUGAUCUUUGCUGGCAAACAGUUGGAAGAUGGUCGCACAUUGUCAGAUUAUAACAUUCAGAAGGAAUCCACUCUCCAUCUUGUGCUCCGUCUCCGGGGAGGUAUGCAGAUCUUCGUGAAGACCCUCACUGGCAAGACAAUUACACUCGAGGUUGAGCCUUCAGACUCUAUUGAGAAUGUUAAAGCCAAGAUCCAGGACAAGGAAGGCAUUCCCCCAGAUCAGCAGAGAUUGAUCUUUGCUGGCAAACAGUUGGAAGAUGGUCGCACACUGUCAGACUAUAACAUUCAGAAGGAAUCCACACUCCAUCUUGUGCUCCGUCUAAGAGGAGGUAUGCAGAUCUUCGUGAAGACCCUCACUGGCAAGACCAUUACACUUGAGGUUGAGCCAUCAGACUCUAUUGAGAAUGUGAAAGCCAAGAUCCAGGACAAAGAAGGCAUUCCCCCAGAUCAGCAGAGAUUGAUCUUUGCUGGCAAACAGUUGGAAGAUGGUCGCACACUGUCAGACUAUAACAUUCAGAAGGAAUCCACACUCCAUCUUGUGCUCCGUCUAAGAGGAGGUAUGCAGAUCUUCGUGAAGACCCUCACUGGCAAGACCAUUACACUUGAGGUUGAGCCAUCAGACUCUAUUGAGAAUGUGAAAGCCAAGAUCCAGGACAAAGAAGGCAUUCCCCCAGAUCAGCAGAGAUUGAUCUUUGCUGGCAAACAGUUGGAAGAUGGUCGCACAUUGUCCGACUAUAACAUCCAGAAGGAGUCCACACUCCAUCUUGUGCUCCGUCUCCGAGGAGGCCAGUGAAUAUGUUCAGUAAAUAAAAUGGCAUUGUAACAGUUUUUGGACAUUUUAUGAAGGCCAACUAUCUUCAAAUUUGUUUCGUUUUAAUGGGUUUAUUUCUUGAAGCUUAUGCUUUAAAAAACUUAAAAGUUACAUAAUCUGUUCUUCACAUUGGGAUUUUAAAUUUUUUUUAUCUAUUUUCUGUAAGCUGUAGUUAAAAGUUGAACAAAAUUGUGCAAUAAAUUAAAACAAAAGUA